CAAAACAGUGUUUCCACACCAUUGUUGGGAACGGCGGGCGCAAAGUAAAGUCUCAGACGUGCGAGCGGUCGAAUUUUUUCUAUACGUGAAAUAACCAAGUGCAAAUAUCCCAAACGCAUCGCAAUGGCUGCUAGAUUUAUACAGAGAAUUGUCAACACAACGCCCGCUGCAAGCCGUGCGUAUUCAUCCGGCAACCAAAAGGUAACACUGAUACCCGGCGAUGGCAUUGGUCCCGAGAUCUCUGCAGCCGUGCAAAAGAUUUUCACUGCCGCCAAUGUGCCCAUCGAAUGGGAGGCUGUCGAUGUGACGCCAGUUCGUGGUCCCGAUGGUAGAUUUGGCAUUCCCCAGGCUGCCAUUGAUUCGGUCAACACGAACAAGAUUGGCCUGAAGGGUCCACUGAUGACACCAGUGGGCAAGGGACAUCGCUCCCUUAACUUGGCCCUGCGUAAGGAGUUCAAUCUGUAUGCCAAUGUGCGUCCCUGCCGCAGCUUGCAGGGCUACAAGACGCUCUACGAUGAUGUCGAUGUGGUCACCAUUCGUGAGAACACCGAGGGCGAAUACUCGGGCAUUGAGCACGAGAUUGUCGACGGUGUUGUCCAGAGUAUCAAGCUGAUCACCGAGGAUGCCUCCAAGCGUGUGGCCGAAUACGCCUUCCAAUAUGCCAAGAACAACAAUCGCAAGAAGGUCACCGUUGUCCACAAGGCAAACAUUAUGCGCAUGUCGGACGGUCUGUUCCUGCGUUGUGCCCGCGACAUGGCCCAGAAGUAUCCCGAGAUUCAGUUCGAGGAGCGCUACCUGGACACUGUGUGCCUCAACAUGGUACAGAAUCCCGGCAAAUACGAUGUGCUUGUGAUGCCCAAUCUGUAUGGUGAUAUUCUGUCUGAUAUGUGUGCCGGUCUGGUCGGUGGUCUGGGACUGACGCCAUCUGGCAACAUGGGACUGAAUGGUGCACUGUUUGAGUCUGUGCACGGCACUGCCCCCGAUAUUGCUGGCAAGGAUCUGGCAAAUCCCACGGCGCUGCUGCUGUCGGCGGUGAUGAUGUUGCGUCACAUGGGACUCAAUGAUCAUGCCAAUAAGAUUGAGCAUGCCUGCUUUGAGACCAUCAAGGAGAGCAAAUAUCUAACUGGUGAUCUCGGUGGACGUGCCAAGUGCUCUGAGUUCACAAAUGAGAUCUGCUCCAAGCUCUAAACAGCAGCAACAACCACAACAGCAAAAGUCGCAACUGCAGCAAAUGUUGUUGCAACAACUCGCGCCUCGAAACCAAAUAGCAACAAUUACAGCAAAAACAACCACAACAACAGCAACAACAAGCAACCAACUACACGACAACAACAACUACUACAACUAUAACAACAACAACAACAACACUCAAACUAAGCCGACAGUUUCUAAUGUUGUUUUAUUUUUUUUUAGUUCAAUUAAAUUAAAUUUAUUCAAAAAAAAGAGAAAUUCAGAAUAAGAGAAUAGAGAAUCCAAAGUAUUUUUAUGUUCGAAUACUUAAAUUAAACAAUUGUUUCAAAUCAGUUAACAAUUUGCUGAGGUCCCAAAAUGCAUGUUCCACCAAAAUUGAUAUUGUUUAACAAUAUUGACUUGAACAUAAUGUGAAAAAAGGUCAAGUAUUUAUUUGUCGCCAUCCAAAAAAAUGAAAAAUGAAAAACAAAUCACCUGAUGAACCAAUAAUACUACUUAUUAUUAUUAUUUGUUUAUUAUAUAGAUGAAAAGUAUGCCAACAAAAGUAAUUGUAAUUAUAUUUAUUAAUUGUUUAGCCAUUCGCAUCCUGCAUUAUUACUACCUCCCUCUCAACUUCCCUCCUCGUAAUCCUCUUGUAUUCUUCAUUCACAAAUGUUUACAAAAAUUAAGCGAAAAAUUUAUACACAAAAAACAAAAUACAAUAAUCAAUUAUUAACAAUUGUUAGAUUCAAGGUCAAGCCGUAAGUUGAGUGAAAAAAUUAAAUGGUUAUAAUAAUAAUGAUAAUGAUAAUAAUUGAAAAAUAUGCAUAAUUGUAUGCAAUUGUUAUUGAUAAUUAAGCGAUUUAAACAAAAAACGUAAUAAUGCAACAAUAAUAGUGCAAAUGUCAUGCAAUUGUUGAAAACUCAAUAAAAAAUUGAAAACUUU